UUGUUUUCUCUUCAUAGAUUCGGGGAUCAUCCUAAACAUUUUCAGUUUGUCUUACGUAGAACCGACGUCCGGCAACCAGUAAAUCCGACUAGAACGCGUUCACCCGUCCCCACAUCACAUCAUCAUCGAAGGGUUUCAUCCAAUGCAGGUCACUACGCGACUUUCCAAAAUGCGGCAACAGCCUACAAUCAACCGAAAGGUCAUAAUUAUCGGCGUCCCGAAGAUAAAGAAGUUGCUGCCGCAUUUGCUGAUCGCAACUCUGAACAGGAAGCUGCAGAACUCCAAAAACACUCCAAUGUGGAUUGGUCCAAAUGUUAUGAGGAAGCAAACCAGCGUUAUUUAGCCCUUAUUGAUUCCCGACGUAGCUUACAACUGAAACUGCGGGAUUUGGAUGCUAAUCUACGACAAUCUCGAGGUAAUGUCCAAGAACUUGAGUCAGAGAUGGCUGGUGCGUUGACAAAAUUGCUGAAUCUGGUCGAAGAAGCAUUGGAAGUGCGUCGGAAAACUGUCUCCGAGCUUUCAUUAAAUCCUGAAACUACUCUUCCUCCUCCACCACUUCCUCCAACGCAGGCUAACAGUACCAAGGCCCCAGCUUGUGAUGAGGUUCUAAUAUGA